CUCAGCAGCACUGGAAACCACUGCUACAACAUAGGAGUCAUACCAAGCAUAGCCUGCGUGUCAGUGAAGUCGAUUUACAGCUGGCUGUGAGGACAACUGACGCUACGUUUUCGCUUGUCGUUCGCUCUUUAUUGUCGCUACACAUUAACCCACAUUUAGAAAGGAGGAAAAAUAUCGCGAACCAGUUUAAACGGCAGCGAGGCCACUUUUUGUUUUGUUAACGGGUUUUAAGAGCAGUAAAGUUGGAGGCUGGGCCUUUUAGUUUUUUUUUUUUUUUUUCUUUUUUUUUUUUUUUUGACGUUUGAAAGGAGAAACCGAGGAGAAGAAUAGAAAAAGCUGGUCUUUUUUUGUUGUUGUUGUUUUAAUGAAAGCUCGAUAAAUGCAUCUAACGAAGAUGGACCUGUUGAACUACCAGUACCUGGACAAAAUGAACAACAACAUCGGUAUUCUCUGCUACGAAGGUGAAGCAGCACUAAGAGGGGACCCCAGAUUCCAGUCCCUGUCACUAUCCUCGUCUUCCUCCUCGUCCUCGUCAUCCUCUUCUUCCUCCAUCUCCAACCACAGGACUGGUCCUCCUCCCAUCAGCCCCACCAAGAGGAAGCUGAGUGGGGACCAGGGAGAAAGCGACAUGGAUGACAAUGAGCAUGUAGCUAAGAUGAGUCGCCUGUUUGUUGCACAGCUGAAACCGACAGACUAUCGCAACUCCCCUGUUGUGAAGGACCACAGGCGGAGUCCCAGUGAGCGCAUGGUGGUGCCUGGUCCUCUGGGAGUCCAAGCCAACCACCUAUAUGGCCACCACCACCAUCACCUGGCCACCUUAGCAGGCAUGGAUCAGCCUCUGGCACUUACCAAAAACAGCAUGGCGGAGACGGCACGCGGCAGCGCAGCAGCUAUGGCCUCGGUGCCGCACGCAGUCAGCGCAGUCGAACGGCAGCAGAAUCGUCCGUCAGUGAUCACAUGUGCUGCAGCCAACAAUCGCAACUGCAACCUGUCACAGUGUCCUGUCUCCCACAAUGGCUGCUCCAACUUCAGCAACAACUACAGAAGAAUCAACACCAACACAGCCUGCGACCCUGUUAUUGAGGAACAUUUCCGUCGCAGCCUCGGGAAGAACUACAAGGAGCCCGAGCCCACUUCCACCAACUCCGUGUCCAUCACAGGCUCUGUGGACGACCACUUUGCCAAGGCGCUGGGCAAGACCUGGCUGCAGAUCAAGAACAAGGGGAGUCCCUCGUCGUCCAGCAGCAGCCCAAACUCCUCUCCCGAUAGUCACAUGGUCAAUCACAACCACUCCCCUUCUGUGGUCUCUUGAAGGCAGCGAGGAUUUCCCCCACUGCUCAUCCAAUCAUCUCAGCUCCAAGACCCAUUCCCACUGCCAUUUUGGUCUGUCACCAGCAUCCCAGAGGGAAUUCCUGCCUGCUGGUCUGCUAAAAACAGCCAAAACCCUCAAGCCUGCUCGAUCGCUGUGGAUCACUCAAGCAAUAAAGACAUGCUCACCUCCCUCCUAUUAUCUGGUACUAUCAGACAGAAAUCAGUUCUGAUUAAGAAAGAUUUAAAAGUGGAGCCUGACUUGCUCCUUCCAGUCUUUCUUCAUCCCGGCAUCGUUGGCUUGGAGCUGAGCAAGAGUCUGUAGUUUUAUGUACAUAAAAAGAGGAAAGACUGUUUUAAUUAUUCACUUUCUUCUCCGUUUUUAUUAUUUUUUUGUCUGUUUCGUUAAAAGUAGUUCUGUGUACUGAUUCUGUGUUAUGACAUGCCUGGCCUUUGAAUGAAAAAUGAGAAACACACCCUAGCAAGCAAUCACAAUCCACCCUGCCGUGCUACCAAAGAAACCUCAACCGAUGUUUUUCAGUGCCCACCUUUUAAAAGCACACACAACCCCCUCCUCUCCUCCUCCUGUCUGCUGUAUGAGAGUUCUGGUUGUUUGGCUGUUGUAUGUGACCUUAGAUGAUCGACUCAGUCUGAUUUGCACUACUGCUUGAGAAGGUAAAGGUAGCAAGUCAGGUUUGUAACCUGACUCUGAACACACUGGGGCUUAAAAAGUGUAUUUUGAUGCAAUUACAUCUUAUCUCACGUGUUGUAACCCUGCAUUGAUUUUCAAAUAACUCCUGUUUAAAGUUUACUAGCGAUUACUUGACUUUGACGUGUACAAAGUCUCGCAUGUAUUGUCGUUUAUACAAAUGUAAACACACUCCAGUAAGGUUGGGCAGUAGAAGCAUGUUUGGUCACCUGCUACAAACACUUUUUAUCCAUUAGAUCAUGGCGCCUUGUUUGGACAGAUGUUAAUUAAAAGCGGUAAAAGGAAGGUGGGUGUUGUUCAGCUUCUGAUCUGUGAUCAGCCUCCAGCAGAACCUACCUGCAGAAUGUCAGUCUGCACUGAGAAGUCUCUGUAGGCAGGAUGGGUUUUAAUGGGCUAAACGUGGGAAAACUCAGCAAUUUGUCAACAUUGAAGUGUCAUAAUGGAUACCAAUUAUAAAAAUAUAUUUUGGAUUUCCCUCUAAACUUAGCACUUCUCGGGUAAUUUUAUGUUCCACCUUAUUUUAUAACUUGAUGUGGUCUGAGAUUACUGGGAAAAGUGCGAGAACAAAGGAUGGAAGUCAAAUUCCAGUAAUUUCAAUUCAUGAAAGGAAAAGUUAAACAUUGAAGGCAUCAGACUAUAUAAUAAACAUCUCUACUGCCCAGGCCAUUCCGGUUCAACUUUAAAGGCACGUUUCAACUAUGAGAUCCACAUUUUUUUCCCCAAAACAUAAAUUUUACCCUGGCUGUUUGUUUUUUUUGUGGAAAAUGUUUCCUCUGUGGAGACCAGAACAGGGCCAAAUGCUGAGUGGGUAACUCCUGCAACAGUAUCUGUUGAGUGUUGCAACAAAACUCCCGUCAUGACGAUAAAAGCCCUGACUUUCAGCAAUACAAUUAGAACCAUUUAUUGCAUCACAGCUAUUAUACUUUACAACUUGUAUAGAGUCAAUACAAAGUACAUGGAAAGGUGUAAUAACACAUUUUAAAG